CUAUCACACUAUGUCAUCCUCACAUAUUGAUGUAUGCUCCUUCUGGAGGCUCGUUGAAUAUUUCUUGUUUGGUCAGCAUUGGCAAUGACUCACUAAAUGGAACUAGAAAGUUCUACUGGUUUUUGAGGACUUGGAGGGACCCUGAAAAGCUGGAAAAUGUUAUAGAUUGUAAACAAGGCAAUUCAUCUGAGAAGUACAACUGUAAGCAGGGUGACACCGGCCUUGUCCUAGAAAUACACAAUAUAAGCAUACAGGACUCUGGAAAAUAUCACUGUGCCUUAUUUCAGAAAAAUAAUCUUAUGUUUGGCAAUGGAACAGCUCUUAUUACUGGAGCUAGUUCAAUGUCCAACAGCUCUGUGACACUGUUGGCUCCUUUACUGCCUCCUUCUAACAUCAUCCAGCUGGCUUGUGCAGUAAAUGUAAGUUGUAACAUCACUCAAUGGACCUGGAAUGUCUCCGGAGUAUGUCACAAAGGUAAAAUCAUCUGUAGGGAAAACCAUGAUGGGAAUUGGACUUGUGUAAACCUGCUCUCACUAUCAAGUCACUCAUGGAGCUACGGAGAUAAUGUGACCUGUGAAGUUUGGUGCAAUUCUUCUCCAAUCCUAGACCAAUGGAGGAUUCCAGAAAAAGCAGUUGAUUUUUCAACUAAAUGUCGGUACUGGCUGAUAUCUGCACUGAUAUUUGGAUUCCUGUUGCUGUUGCCCUUCAUUGCUCAUUUUACCUGGACAUAUGGCUCAAGGCUUCAUAACAAAUUAAAAAGUGAUGAAGUCUGGGAAACUGAUGGAAAUUAUGCUGAUGAAAUUGCAUAUGCAGAACUGAAUGUCCACGCACUCAACUCAACUCAUGGAAGAAGAAAGCUCAACUCCUAAAUCUCCAUCAGCAUCUACCUGGAGUACAAGAAGAUAAUUUAGCAAUCGUUAAACCCUGGAUCUCUUUAUUGUUUUAUUAUUUUAUUUAAAUUUUUUGAAAAUAUUUUCUAAUAAACAUUGUAGAGAAAUGCCAAUGAUUGAGGCAGAACUCCAGGCAAAUAUAAAAUACUU